AUGCUGAAAAAGAAGGCUAAAGUUACAAAUCCAAACGCAACACUGGAUUUCAGUGCUUGUCGAGACCUCAAUGGCAGACAUAUGCGUUAUGUGAAUGCAUUAGUUGCCAUUCAGAAGUGGAAAGAGCGUCAGGAGCGAUUCGAAGAGCUAAAGGCGAAGGAUCCAAACGCUACCAUUUCCGAUGUGCCAAUGGAGGCUCCGAAGGCGGGAGUGGUCGGCUGGUACUGCGAAGUUCCCUGCUGGGCGGAAGGCGUGAAGAAGUCGCGCGCCGUGUUUCUGCGCGAGCAGAAAAAGCAAAAAAUGUGCGAUUUUUGGUGGAAUGCGCGGCAAAAAGGUCCGGUCCCGCCAAACGCGGAUAAAAACUGGGGCUGUCCCCGCGGUGACCAAUGCGACUUCGCGCACGGAUUUGAAGAGCUGACGGGCGAAGGCCGUGCGAAGUUUCUGCACGAGCAGGAGCUGAAAAAGCAGCGCGAGGAAAAAGAAGCAAUCGAGGCGUACACGACGGUGAAGGACAUGUCGAUCGAUGCGAUCGAUGCGAUCGAAGCGAACUACAAGCCGCCGAAGGCGAAGAAAUCGCAGAAGCGAGCGAGUCUACUGGAAAUGGAGGACUUUGAUCCCUUGGGAUUUGAUUCAUUUCCGAAGAAAAGCAAAGCAAACAAAGCAAACAAAGCAAACAAAACUGGGAAGAAGAACGAAACGUCCGGUGCCGAGGAGUUCCGAGCCAAGCUCUCCGUUCUCACGGGCGAUGCGUCGAUUCAAGACGAUGGAAUCAUCUCGGGUACUCCUAUCCAGCUGGGCGCCAUCCGCGUGGUGAGCGGUCGGUACUACUUCGAAGUCCACCUGCUGACGGAGGGACUCGUGCAGAUCGGCUGGGCCUCGCAGAGCCACGGCUGCGCCGAGGAGGAGCAGAACGGCGUGGGAGACAGCGAGGGAAGCUGGGGAUUCGAUGUGGCAAGAGGACGGAAAUGGCACGGAGAGAGCGACGGAGAGCCGUACGGAGAAAGCUGCCAGCCCGGAGAUGUGGUGGGAUGCCUGCUGGAUGCGGAUAAGCGAACGCUGGAAUAUUCGGUGAAUGGGAAGAGCUUGGGAGUGGCGUUUUCGGGGGUGUAUGCGAUCGGUGGUGUGUUUCCGGUGAUCAGUUUAGAAAAAGAAGAAGCGGUGCUGGUGAAUCUGGGACAGUUUCGGUUUGAAUAUGCGGAGAUGGAGAGAGUGAGCUCCAUUUGGGAGUUUGUAAAGAAAGUGAAUGCGUGAAA